CUGGUUAUUGUUAUUACAGUGGAAUUCCUUGCAUACUGGAGAUGCACAUGGAGAAAGACUUGUGUUGUGGAGUUGCUCAUUGUAACACAGUUAGAAACAUUGAUAGUAUAGACUCACCUGUUUUGACCAUAAGCUGGAAAGUUGUGCGUCGUACUGUCCUAAAAAGCAAAAAGGCAGUAACUGCUCGUAGCGUGGAACUGAGAAAAUGUCUUUAAUUUACCUUGGUUUCACAGUAACCUUAUGCAGUUGCUGCUAGCAUGACCCCCAUGUUCUCCAAAACACAGUACAAUAUAGGCAGGAUACUUGUCCACAUGAUUAAGCAUGUAUUUAAUGUAGCAAAAAUACCUUGUUUAUUUUAUCUUGUUCGUACUGGCCACCCAUGGGAAUCCAACCCUGGCAUCUACCAAUUGAGCCACACGGGACCCAACUCUCCCUGCGAUUCUUUACUGUACAGGAAUAAUACAAUAUUUUACUUAUUUAAGUUUAGUUUAUUUUUAUGUUUACAGGGACAUUCAGUAAAAGUGUCGGUUUAAGCCAGCCAACUAAUUUUCAACUGCAGUCCCUGGGCAGGUUCUUAAAACAAUUACAAUACAGACAAACAAUGAGCAGUGAGCACAUGCAGAGCAACAUAGAACAAGCAACACAUAGCAUGCAGAACAAUAGCAAAAAAAGCAACAAAACAAAAUACAUAAAAGCAACAGUGUUUCCACACCUCACACGCUACAGACAACAUGGAAAGCGGUAAUAAACAGCUGGGGAUUAUGUUCACAAGCAUGACUGGCCUUUAGCCAUGUCUUUGUUUUUUGUGAAGGUGGGAUAGGUGGCGCAGUUGUGUGUGUCUGAUGGCAGUGUGUUCCAGACAUGGGAAGCUCUCACAGAGAAAGCAGAUGAACUGAUUGAGAUGCUGUUCCUUAAUGGAGCUAUACCCAUAACUCUGCAGGUGAUUAGGAUUGGAUGAGCUCCUACAUAGCCUUCAUACAUGGUACGAUAACAGGAAAACUUUAUUUCAGUAUAGUUCAAUUAGCUAUAUGGCUAACCUGUCAAUCCAUCUGUUGAGGAACUUUUACUGAAUUUCAAUGAAGAAUAUGUAGGCUAAUCUGAGUCUGUGGCUAAAUGGAUGUUAUCUAGGAUAGAAGGAAAACAUUUAAACGUGUCACUGAAUGGGAACCAGAUCUGGUAUGGUGAGCUUGUGCACCAGGCUUAACCUGUUUCACGGUCCCUGCGGCCAAUCAGCAAUCAAGGUCCCAGUGACCAAUCACUAAUUAAGGGCAGGAAACAUGUGUCGGGAGAUACUGGGAUUCGUGAAAGGUAAACACCAGACAGGUCAAGAGGUCAUAGUACCUGAGGAGAAUAAAUGAAUGGAUGAAUGGAUGGGCAACAUGUGUUUUCACUUCAGACUUUGUCCUUCCUCUGGGGGCACAGUACAGGAAGCACCUGAAAUAGACCUGAUAGAACUAGACUGGAUGGAGUUAUGAUCAGCCCAUUCCUGAAUUCUCCUUCACCAUCUUGUUGUCAUUAGGGAGACGUUUUUAGCUCUUUGCUGGCUGAUCCCAUCUGGACCUCGUUGUCACGGAUUAACUUGGACACAAAAUGGCCUGAUAGAUGAUAAUAUACAAAGGCUUUUUCUCUCUCUUUCACCAAACUGACUUGCUUAUUUGGACUUGUUUACAGGAUGUUUAUGUUGCGCAAAUAUUUGUUAUUUGCAGCCUUUGAAAUAACUGAAGAGAAUGCAUUUGCAUAUUCUAUUGUUCAAAAGAUAUAUGGCUAAACGCAUCAUUUGUCUUCUUUUUCCUAUGACUCUUGAAGGAAGUUAAACUUCGGCCACAUGCUGUGGAUUCUGAAUCUUCAACGGUUAGAUCUGCAAGAGUGUUCUUACAUAGUCUAUUAAAGGUUUAAUGGUAUUUCACAAUUACUGUAAACCACUUGAGCUGGUUGGCUCAGCCUCAAAGUUGCUGUGCCACAAACUUUCCAUGGUUGUGGUUGAAAAAAGUCUGGAUUUCUCAACAAUUUCUUCUAAUUUGGUUUCAUACAUGAACAGCUAAGCCAUUAUUUAGGAAGGCAUGAGGGCUUGCAACCUUGGUUCGAGAAGCAAAUAUCAAAUUCUUAGAAUACUAAAAUAUUCAUAAUCAUUUAAUGAAAGCUUAAGAAGCAUAACCCUCUUACAGAAUUCCACACUCACGACCUUCUCACCCCACGGCCACAAUAGGUUAUAUGAAAUGUGAUACCAAUGCUGUGUGUGUGUGUGUGUUCUUGUUGUUCUCUCCAGUCUGAGCUUUCAUUUCAGGGAGCCCUGGUUCAAGGUAGAGCUGACACUGUAAACCAGCAGUCCCCUGUGAACGGCGAGACUAACCAAGAACGAUUGACACGCUUAGAGGGAGACAAAGAGUCCCUUGUCCUCCAGGUGAGCGUUCUGACGGACCAGGUGGAAGCUCAGGGAGUAAAGAUCAGUGAUCUGGAAAGUUCUCUGGAGGAACAUCAACACAAGCUCAACUCUACAGAAGAGAUGCUGCAGCAGGAGCUCCUUAGCAGGACGUCACUGGAGAGUCAGAAGUUGAAUCUGAUGGGAGAGGUGUCCUACCUGAAACUGAAGCUGGUGGACAUGGAAGAGAAACAGUUUCAUGGAGUAGAGAGGCAGCACAAAGCAGAGAGUGUCGUAAACUUGAUUAGUGAGCUGCAGGAGCAGAUGUGUAGGUUUCAGCAGGAGAUCAAUUGCAGGAUCCGGGAGAAAACAGGGCAGGCUGACAGCAGCCUACAGAAGGCCUGCGACACUUGGUCCACGGAUGCCCAAAAUCCAGACCAGGGGCUCGCCUGUGAGGGUAGCCCAGAGGAGGUACACAACAGUGGGCUGGAGGAGCCUCCUGACGUGAUCCCAUUCUCAGGCGUGGAGAAUAGCUCCAGUACUUCUGAGGAGCAGUGCUGCUGUGGAAGCGAGAGUGUCAAACUUCAAGAGCUCAGACUUCUCAAGGAGAAAGUAGACUAUCUUGAAGACCAGAAGUCCCAGUAUGAGAGGAGACUCAAAGCAACAAAGGCAGAGCUAUCAGACCUCCAGCAGCUUCUGCUCAGUAAGAAUGCUGAGAUAGACAGCCUGCACACACAGCUCCUGGCCAGACCACUGUCCACUGAGACCUCGGAGAGAGACCAGGAGCUCCAAAGGUUAAAGACGGGGAUGGAGACGCUGCUGGUUGCCAAUGAUGAAAAGGACCGGCGUAUUGAGGAGCUCACACUGCUCUUAGUCCAGUGCAGACAGUUCAGAGACGUUGCAACUCCAAGACAAGCUCCACCCACCAUCCUCUCAAUAUCCAAUGAGAGUACUCCAUCGAGCAGCAGUGAGGAACGGGAGCAUGGAGUGGUGAUGAGGACAGUUCCUUCUAGUGUUCUCCCUGAGAACAAAAAGACUGAGAUGUCCUUCAGCAGUUCAUCCCCACAGCUUGUGUCCCACCUGCCAGCCCAGAAGGAAAGAGAACUCUGGACGCAUUCCCGACUUUUAUCAAGCAGUAUGGACAACCUACAGAAUGGAUCUUCAUCGAAGCAUGUAGUGGUGAUUCCUGUAGAGGCUGAAGUGUCUACUGAGAAUAGGCCUGUAGAUAACCGAUGCCAGACCCUGCCGGUGAAGGCCUCCUUCCCAGAGCAUAAUGGAGAGGGAGAGUGCAGUGAGACACAGAGCCAGAGGUCUCCAGAGGGGAGUGAAGACGGAGACUCAAGAAAGACAGAGAAAAUGGACGACACCUCAUCCUCUGAUCUUUCACCCCAGUCUUCAGGGGCGGAGUCAGGUCAACGGACUAUUGGCUCACCAGAACACUUGAAGAACAAUAACAGUAUCAGAAAGCUCUGGGGAAAGAUCAGGAGGACCCAGUCAGGGGGUCUGCAGGGGGAGGACCUGGAACCAAACCAGUUUAGGAGAGGGGGGCUGCGUGCCACAGCGGGGCCAAGACUGACCCGGACCCCUGAGUCUGGCAGCACUGUUCGGGAUAUGAACACACCAUUCAGCCAGUGGACCAGAGAGCAGGUGUGUGGUUGGCUGGAGGACUAUGGUCUGGGCCAGUAUGUCAACCUGACCCGGCAGUGGGUCGACAACGGACAGACGCUCCUGUCCGCAAGGCCACAGGACUUUGAGAAGGAAAUGGGUAUCAAUCACCCGCUACACAGGAAGAAAUUACAGCUGGCUCUAAGGGGGUUCAGUACUAAAGCCCUGGAGAAGUCCUCUGAACUGGGCCACAUCUGGGUUACACGAUGGUUGGAUGACAUAGGCCUUCCACAGUACAAGGACCAGUUCCACGAGGGGCGAGUGGAUGGCAGGAUGCUUCAGUAUCUCACCGUGAAUGACCUGCUUUUCCUGAAGGUGACCAGUCAGCUUCAUCACCUCAGUAUAAAGUGUGCUAUCCACGUCCUCCACGUCAACAAGUUCAACCCCCACUGCCUCCGACGAAGGCCUGGAGAGGAGAGGAACCCCUCUCCCUCAGAGGUGAUCCAAUGGUCCAACCAUCGUGUGAUGGAGUGGCUUCGGGCGGUGGACCUGGCUGAGUAUGCACCCAACCUACGGGGCAGUGGGGUCCAUGGAGGUCUCAUUAUUCUGGAGCUGCGGUUCAGCUCUGAGACCCUGGCCAUGCUGCUGAACAUCCCCCCUCAGAAGACCCUGCUCCGCCGCCACCUGGCCACCGCCUUCACCGCCCUGGUGGGGACGCAGGCCUCUCUGGAGAAACGGGAGUAUGCCAACGCCACCGGCCAUGCACCCCUCACUACCGCCGCCAAAGUUCGGCCCAAGAAGCUUGGUUUCACCCACUUCAGUCACCUGAGGAAGAGGAGGCCGGAUGACUUGGGGGACUACAUCUGCCCGAUAGACAUUGGGGGCCUUUCAGCCAUGAAUGGGGUUUCCCACCGGCCGUACGCAGGGGUCCGAGGCCUUAGCCCCAUCCUGGACAGAGUGCCAGAGAGGCGGGAGCAGGUGGGGCCCAAAAGCUGACACUGACACUCCCCUCAGCCAAUGACUGCCAAUCUUAUGGCUUUUAACCCUGCCCCACAUGUCUAUGUAAACACGCCCCCGUUCUCCCUGAAUCAAGGUGCUGAUUUUGUGAUUCGGGGGAAAUUCUAACGCAUUGAUUUUAUCACCAAAUGGUUAUUUGCUGGACAAGCUACAGUGUGUGCAUAUAAUGAUGUGGAUGUACUCAUUGGGUAUUAGCUGGACAUCCUGUAUGAUAAUUAGCUGGAUUUACUUACUUAUUUACUGGAUAUGCUUAUCAAGUAAUUGACCUGGAUAUGUUGAAAUCAUGACUGACCUGACCGGCUAAAUGAGGAUUCAUUAUGUUACGGUUGUAUAAUGGUUCCCUUUGAAAACCGCUCUCUGCAUUCCUGGAUAAAUUAGAUGGAUUCAACUUUCCUAUCUUCUGCCAUUGCUUCAGAACAUGACCCUUAUAUGUUACUGACCUUUGUAGCCUUCCUCCUUACCUUGCUGGAUUUAGGGUAGCUUAGCUAUCAACGGCCUUUCUUGAGUUAUGGUACAAUGUACAAAAAUGAAUACCAAUUAUAUAAGCUUGUUUGAUUUUAUUUUGUGUUAUAUUUAAUAACUGUAAAAUUCACAAAAUACAAGGUGCUGUCAUGAUAAUUCAGGUUUGCACACAAUACCCAACUCGGUUAGCCUAUAAUUAUAUAUUGAAAAUAAAAAUAAUUUGCAGGUGCUUGCUUUUUGUGUGCUGCAUGUUUGAUAGUGUAGUUAAUUUUAAUUGUAGUCCUAAAUGCAUUAUUUAUAGUGGUGAAAGAUGAUAGGGGUACUGGCCAAACUGAACAAUGUUGACUCUUUGAAGCAAAGUGCUCUUGCUGACUCCACUAUAACACACAUCAUGGAUUAUAGACAAUCAUAAUGCUACAGCGGCAUCAAACAAUUAUUCCAUCAAUGCACACCUGAAUUUACAGCAUUGUUACAUGUAUACUAUCAUGUGACUGGUAAGCCAUGAAUGCUAAUGUUUUCAGAUUGCUGAUUAAUGUUCCAUCAGGACAGUUCUGUCUCCAGCUCAGACUCUGAGAACAACCUGGUGAGUUUUAGCAUUGUUUUUCAGAGAACUGAAGAUAUGUAAUUUAUCAUACAGUAUGUCAUUUUCCCUCAUGGUGUGUGUGAUGCUAUGGCUCAAGUUACAAUGCUACAGUAGGUGGAGUAUAAUUCCGUAUGUUGGACUACUGUUGCAUACCAUGCUCCUCUCCAUAUUGUUGCAACAUUAUGGUCUUCAUUUUAUCCUCAGGUCCAUCAUUAAAGUCAUGCGUUAACAUCUG